AAUCAUUUUGGAACGAUUCAGGCCUGCAGGCACGAUGGUGCAUGUGGAAGGAGCCACCCGAAAGGGCGCCCCGCGGGACGCGACAAAGACACCCGUCGUGUCUAAACCCAACGUCCCGACCGGUGCAGGUGCCAACCCCGCAAAACCCACCAAAGGCGGCAGCAACCCCGCCAGGGAGGAAACGAAGCUGAUGUGGCGGCACGCCGACGCCGUCUGCUUCGACGUUGACUCCACCGUCUGCCCGACGGAGGCCAUCGACGAACUCGCCACGUUCUGCGGCAAGAAGGAGCAGGUGCAGCGCGUGACCAUAGAAGCAAUGGGAGGGAAGAUGGAGUUCCGCGAUGCCCUGAAACUGCGACUCGACAUCAUCCGGCCAUCGCGGGAAGCCGUGGCACGCUUUGUUAAGGAUCGACCACACUCCCUCACACCUGGGAUUAGAGAGCUGGUGAGCAAGCUUCACAAGCGCGGGGUCCAGGUCUACCUGGUGUCGGGUGGCUUCCAGAGCCUCAUUGCACCGGUCGCACAGGAGCUGGACGUCCCCAUGGAGAACGUCUUUGCCAAUCGGCUCAAAUUCUACUUUGACGGGACAUACGCAGGGUUCGACGAGGAGCAGCCAACAUCGGCGUCGGGAGGGAAGGGACUUGUUGUGGGUCGCCUCAAAGAGAAAUAUAACUACUCCUGCUUGGUGAUGAUUGGGGAUGGGGCCACUGACAUGGAGGCCUGCCCCCCAGCUGAUGCCUUCAUUGGUUUUGGGGGUUGUGUGGUGCGAGAGCAGGUAAAGGCAGGGUCCAAGUGGUUUGUCUAUGGGUUCCAGGAGCUCAUUGAGGCCCUCAACUGAUGUGCCGUCCGUCAUUCAGCGUUCUUCCAGCCGUCUUAAUGCCCUCCAAAAUCUGUAUUCUCUUAUCAGAACUGGAUUCUCUUGCUUGAUCCAAGCAGAAAAUAGGACAGAAUUGCAUAAAUUCUGUCAAAAGAUCUAUUUUAAUUCAUCUGAUAAGAAUCUCAUUCAACAUUCCUCAAGAAUCUGUCUUAGUGCAAGGAAUGAAUCUCAGUGGCUAUCAAAUCCACCUAUGAAUUAUUGCAAGUCAAGAUAGGUUGUCAUGAGAAAUUUUAAAAAAUUCUCUGCACAUUUAAUUAGCUGUGUUUUCCAGAUAAUGUUACAGCUUUUCAGCUUCAUAUUUCAUAUUUUCUAUUUCAAAAAUUUUUUUUUUUGCAUACCAUUUUUUUCAUUGCAGAGAUCUGGAGGAAAAUAAUUUACUUGCAGGUAAUUAAAUUGAAAUAAAGGAAAAUGAUUCCUUGAGGCCCUUUCCCAGGCCAUGGAUGGUCAGGCAGCAAGUUGAGUGAAAGUUGAAAAGUUUCAACUUUUAUUCAUUGAAUUUAUAUGCUAAUGAAGAGAUAAAUUGUCUCCACCCUGCUGACAUCCCUGUAAAUUUUUUUCAUCCUUUGAGGAUGGCCAGAGAGAGUUCUGUCAGGACUUGAGUGCCAUAAUGUAAAUUCUAUUGCAGGAAAAAAAAUUUUUUUUGCUAAGUUCAGAGAGUAGGCCUUCAGCCUUCAUGCAUCUUUGCAUUGCUACAAGGAAAUAUUGAUACAGCGUGCUGAGUACUUACUAAUACCUACUUUUUCGUAGGUCUUGUAUUAUAUUGUAUGAGAGCAUUAUUUAAGAAGAUAAAAAUUCGCACAAUAGAUUGGUUCAUCAUCACCUAGAUAUCAACCUUUUUGUUCAUUUUGACCUGUUCUAAAAACUUAGUCAUGAAGAAAGAACGAAGCAUUGAGCAUGAGGAACUUUUUGGCGAAAACAAUUGAAGUUUGAGAAGCUGAAAAGGCCCCAUCUUCGUUUGUGAUGGUGUCUGAUACCAUUGAGAAAGAUCUGGUCUGGCAGAUGUUGUCAUAUUGCCUUAAAUGAAUGCAAUUAAAUAGAGGCCUUCAUCUUAUCCUAGGCCAUUUUGGCAGGCAAAUGUUGAAUGAUGUUUUAUUGCCAAGGAUCCCAUCAAGAUCAUGAAGUGCUAUGUGCUGAAUUCGUUCUAACAGCGCAGAAAAAUCUGGCCAGCCUCAUGGUUCUUGUGUAAAUUGUACAUUCUAGGCACUUCAGAAAUACUUCUUGGCAGUAAAGAGCGAAUGACGCUUCGAAUGUGGAGUUGCUUGCGAUCGUGCAGUCCUCGAGCUUUCAGUGAUUUUUUAUAGUUACCUUUUAUUGAGAAUUGUAUGCAAUUCUUCCCAGUUUUCCCUUAUGGGGCUUUAGGAAAUAAACAGCUGGUCUUUCUGAUA